GCGUAAUGACCACGUCAUACUGGACGUGACGGAAAAAGGUCUUUUCCACGCUGUUCAGGUCUGUGGUUCAGGGGGUUGUCUGGUGCCAAUCCUGGUUUCUCUCUGUGAUUGUUUUAAAUUACGGAUCUUGAAGCUGAAGCCUUUUCCAGACCAUUGUCAGACCAGCUUCAGACCUGCAUUAUCACCCGUUCACACGAGGACAGCUCUGAGUUCGUACAUCGUGGCCCCACGUGUGCUUGGAGUGGCCGCUGGCAAUCGGUGAUCAGUGCUUGGGUUUGGAUUACAUGAUGGAGACUAGACGCCCAGGGUCCUCCGGGAAGAAAAUAAAAACUGCAAAGACGAAGGAUGGCGCCGACCCGGUGAAAAACUUUGAGAAGUGGAAGAAAAAAUACAAGAAGAGGACUGCGAGAGUGAAGCGAGUGAAGGCGGACAACAAAAAGCCCGACUGGCAGGUCGAACGGGAGUACAUCCACAGGCUUCUAGGCAGGUACGGAGACAUCAACACCAAAGACGCUGUUAAGUUUUCAGACUUCCCUAUUUCUAAGAAAACCCUGCUGGGGCUACAGGGGGCGCAGUACAGACAACCCACUGAGAUCCAGAGGCAGACGAUCGGCUUCGCAUUGCGAGGUAAAGAUGUCCUGGGCGCGGCGAAGACUGGUUCCGGGAAGACUUUAGCCUUCCUCAUACCGAUACUCGAGUGUCUGUAUAGGCAGCAGUGGAGCUCCAUGGACGGCCUCGGCGCGCUCAUCGUCUCCCCCACCAGAGAACUCGCCUACCAGACGUUCGAAGUCUUGCGCAAGGUGGGCAAGAACCACGAGUUCUCCGCGGGGCUCAUCAUCGGCGGGAAGGAUCUGAAGACCGAGUCGGAGAGAAUCCACCGCACCAACAUCGUCAUCUGCACCCCGGGCCGGCUGCUGCAGCACAUGGACGAGACGGCCACCUUUCACGCCUCUGACCUCCACAUGCUGGUCUUGGACGAAGCCGACCGCAUCCUGGACAUGGGCUUCGCGGAUACACUCAACGCCAUCCUGGAGAACCUUCCGAGGUCCAGGCAGACGCUGUUGUUCUCCGCUACGCAGACAAGGUCAGUGAAAGACCUGGCGCGGCUGAGCCUCAGAGACCCGGAGUACGUGUGGGUGCACGAGAAGGCAAAGUUCAGCACGCCGGCCACCCUAGAGCAGAGCUACGUGGUGUGUGAGCUCCACCAGAAGAUCAACAUGCUGUUCUCCUUCAUCAGGAGUCACCUGAAGAAGAAGAUCAUUGUUUUCUUUGCAUGCUGCAAGGAGGUACAGUACUUUUUCCGGGUGUUCUGCCGCCUCAGACCCGGCAUGCCCAUCCUGGCUUUGCAUGGCAAGCAGCAGCAGAUGAAGAGGGUGGAGGUCUACAAGGAUUUCAUCAGAAAGCAGAACGCUGUGCUGUUCGCCACUGACAUAGCAGCCAGAGGCCUGGACUUUCCUACCGUCAACUGGGUGCUGCAGUUUGACUGUCCAGAGGAUGCAGACACCUACAUCCACAGGGUCGGCCGGACUGCCAGGUACAAGGAGGGCGGAGAGGCCCUGCUGCUGCUGCUCCCCUCAGAGGAGAAGGGCAUGGUCCGCCAGCUGCAGGAGAAGAAGGUUCCCAUCAAUAAGAUACAGGUGAACCCAAACAAACUGCAGAGUGUCCAGCAGAAGCUGGAAGCCUUUCUUGCCCAGGAGAAGGAGCAGAAGGAGAGAGCCCAGAGGUGUUUUGUUUCAUACCUGCGCUCCGUCUACCUCAUGAAGAACAAAGAGGUAUUCGACGUUGUAAAACUUCAGAUUCAAGAAUACGCGGUUUCUCUUGGACUCGCUGUGGCCCCGAGAGUUCGCUUCUUAAAUAAAGCUCAGACACAGACAGCUGAGAAAGAGGGGCAGAGAGAGGAGCAGUCUGAAGAAGAAGAGGAGAUGAGGAGCUUUAAGGCCCAGCUGAAAGGAAACAUUCCUCUUGGGGAUGGUCAAAACUCACAGUCAGAAGAAUCUGGUGAGGAGGAGGAAAGUGGCGAUGAACAAGAUGUGGAUCAGGAGAGGAUACUACUUCUGGGUGCGCAUGACGGAAGUGAGGACGAUGAUGACCUAAGAGACUUGGACCUGCUCACAGUCAAAACAAAGGAUGUCUUCAGUCUUACACAGGAGCAAGACGAUUGGGAAGAACCUUCCGAGGGCUCCAAAAAGAAAAUAGAAAAAGAAACAAAGUUCAAAGAGGCCAAGAAGGUCCUCAAGAGAAACUUCCAAGUCAACACCAAAGUAACCUUUGAUGAAGGAGGAGAGGCUGUGCAGUUGUGGCCACCUGUACAGCGGGCCGUGACUGAGGAGGAGGAGGAGGAGGAGGAAAUUUCAGGUAUCAACGUGGAGAAGGCCAAGGAGAGGCUGAAACGCGAAGACCAGGAAUUUGACAAGCAGGAGUACAGCCGCAAAGUGAAAGCCAAACACAGAGAAAAGAGGCUGAAGGCUAAGGCAGCCAGGAGGGAAGCCAGCAGGCAGCACGGACAGCAUUCUGAAGAGGAGGGCGAGGACGAGGUGGUGGCGUAUCUGGCCAAUCACAGCGAAGAUGAGUUUGACCCCAGCUCUCUACCAGACCCUGACAAUUUCUCGGAGGAGGAGGAUGAGCAAGAUCAGAGAAGAUCGGCUAAAAGGCAGCAAAGCAGUGAUGAAGACCUCACAGCACGGAAGAGAAAGAAAGUGAGACGGCUGAAUGAUGAACACGCACUUCUGGACACUGGGCUCUCUCUGGCUGAGGACGAGGAGAUAGUCUUGCAUCUGCUUGGAGGAGGGAGGUAGAGAAAAUGGAGAGGAAACGGGUAGAGUUUACAAUACAAAGAUAAAAGUCAGAAGCAAAAGUCAAAGUCUUUGACGUGUUCAUUUGAAAAACUGACAACAUUAACAUAUUCAGUGUUUCAGCUCUGCACCUAUAUAAAGUUAGAGAUCUCUAAUUAGGGAUCUUUUCAUUAAAGCAUGAAAAGUUGGCUUCAAAUUCACAAACAUUGUGUAACAUUAAAUACAAUGGGAACCAAAACAUCUUUAAGUAUUGUUUGAUGAGAUCUGCACUCAAAAAUUCAUUAGGACUGUGUGAGUGAUUGGAUUGACAAUAAAAACUUUAACCAACAUCUCUCAUAUGUUCUGAUUCACACGCUGUCCCAUUGGCUCCUUUAGUAGAUGUACAAUCACAUCACAUUCCCUUUUCUCAAACGCUCACUGAACUGUUGUAACAGCCUGUGGGUUGUGAGCUCUCUGAAUGAGUCUAAUUCAAUGAUGUUGCAACUGUUUUCCCACAAUGUGAAGAGCUGAAGUGAAGAAUUUAAAGUUGUGUUUUGACUAUGUUCUACUAAAAAAAAAAUAGCUGUUGAUUGAAGACAGUGUGAUUUAUCAAAACAAUCAAAUUGAAUAAUGUGCUUGCUGUUUCCUCUCCCUGAUCCUUCUCUCUAAGAGCUGUGGUACGUUAUAUCAUAACCAGCUUCAUCGUCACAGGGAGGUCUUGUAACAUAACAGUGUCGGAGAACACCUAACUGCAUUUUUGAAUCAAAUUGGAUAUUUAGUUCUGACAAAUAAUUUGAAUUUACUCUGUCGAGUGUAAUGGUUUAAAACUGAAUUUGACCAUGAACUGCAAUAAAUUAGAAUAGCCAGGUCUGAUAAGAAGCUCGUGAAGAGCCGAGUUCUCAAUCUGAUUCAGAUGAACUAGUCCAGGAUGCUGGAAAGGUUGGCUGCAUCCUGCUGCCUCUCCGAUCAUUCUCCAACUGUGCUCUACUCACCCUUUCCCAGGAUAAUUGACACAAGCAGCUGUGUUGAGCAUAAAAACAUCAAGCAUGAGAGAGAAGGUCAAUCCCCUCUGCACCCGAGCUACAAGUAGGUCUGAUUAGCAGAUUGUCUUUGUAAAAUUACAGAAAUUGUGAAAUGCUCUCAAUUCCAAGCCGCUCAGGUGUUCAAUCUAUUCUGUCUGCUAACAGGUAUGGAUACAAAGAAGUAGCAGAACUCUUACUUGAUGAAUCACUGAAGGAAAUUAGAGAUUUUUUGUGCUUUCUGUCAAUUGAGACCUGGGACAAUUUUGCACAAAAGACAUACAAUUUAAUUUCGCUGUUGAGAUCUCCAAAAAGAUUCUCCAAAUUAUCACAGUGAUGUAUAGAUAGAAAAUGUGCAUGAUUUUUACACCAAUCACACGAUAUGUAUAAUGCACAUUUUAAUGUGACUGAGAAAUAUCCUCAUGAUUUUAUUCUUGUGAAAAAUGAUACUAAUGUUACUUACUAUCCUGUUUUUCCAAAAUAGUUUAGCUUGUUAUGUGUUGGCUGUAGAGUUCAUAAUUGAACAUGGCACUCUUCUGUUUCUUUUAAGUACACCUAAAACUUUACGUUUAAGUGUGUAAACGUUAGAAUUUGAUUAGCUGUAGUGGCAUGUCAAACGGAAGGCUUCUCCUAAGAUGUUAGAGAUCUGAAGAAGAGCUUUGUGCUCGAAAUGUCACUACAGCAAAUAGAACCCUUUAACGUGAGCUUUUCCGUGUAUGGAACCUCUCCUUCAAACUUUCUGUGAUAUUUUGUUGAUCCAGCAUCCAUCCAAAUGUUUUACUGACUGUGAUGUUCAUCUACCGUAUUUUCUUAAUAAAGCUAAAUACCACCAA